UUCGCGUCCCGGGGGGCUUCGGGUGCGGGCGGGCGCGCAGGCGGGGCGAUGCCCGAGGGGCGCCAUGGAUCCUUGGCAGGGGUGUUUCUUCAACGGACACCGCCCCCGCCCUGGCCACGGCUAUGAGCACAGCAAGGCCAGACAGCAGCAGCUGUGGCAGGAAUCGCGCACCGAUAGCUUCCGGCUCCAGCAAAUAGAGUUUCUCAAGGGGCGGCUCUCAGAAGUGCCCCUGCCUGGAACGCAGGCACCGUCCCUGCCACCACCAGUAGUCCCCCCAGGACUCUGGCCCAGGUUUCCGGGACCACCUGUUAGAGCCAGGCAGCCUGAGAUCUGGGGGGUCUGCAGCGGCGUGCCUCUCAGAGGUCAGGGGCUGCAGGCAGUGCCCCAGCUUCCCCUGCCAGGUGGCAGGGGCCUGCCGUGGAGAGGUGCUGACCGGCUCUCCUCCCGCUUCCAGGGACUGAGCAUCAGUCAGGGCCAGGAGGAAAGGGUCUUGGAGUUCCUAAAGGAGCUCGGGGAAGGGAAGGACACCACAGCGCGGGAGCUGGCCAGGAAGCUCAGGGUCCCCAAGAGAGAGGUCAAUCAAGCUUUGUACUCCCUGGCAAAGAAGGGUCAGCUGCACAGGAAGCAGGGCACACCCCCUUUGUGGAGCGCUGCGGCCUCCGUUCCAAACCGGAGCCAGCCCGGCACACUGGUACAGCCCGACCUUCAGAGCCAGGGAGCCCCAAGCCCAGAGCCCAACUCAGAAUCUGAAGAAAGUCACCCCACAUCUGACUCAGAAGAUCCUCCUGAGCCUGUGGACAUGGCUGAGAUCAAGGAGAAGAUCUGCGACUACCUGUUCAACGUGUCUAACUGCUCCGCCCUGAGUCUGGCUAAAAACAUCGGCUUCACCAGAGCCCGAGAUGUGAACGCAGUGCUGUGCGACAUGGAAAAGCAGGGCGACGUCUACCGGCAAGGGGCCAUCCCCACCUGGUACCUGACGGACAAGAAGCGAGAGAGGAUGCAGAUCAAGAGGAACACACAGAGUGCUCCCGCGGCCACCCAGGGUGCUGUCCCCGCCACCAGCAGGAACACGGCAUUCCCCACCUAUCACCUCCCCCCAUCCAACGCCCCAAACAAUACGAUGACCACAGAAAAAGCCGAGAAUGGGCAGGACCCGCUCAUAAGGUUAGAGAGUAGACAGGAGCCCAGACCAGGGCCCAUGAAACUGAGGCCCCCUGUUUAUCACAAUGGCCCCUCAAAAGCAGGGUAUGUUGACUUUGAAAAUGGCCAGUGGGCCACAGAUGACAUCCCGGAUGACUUGAAUAGCAUCCACGCGGCACCGGGUGAGUUCCGAGCCAUCAUGGAGAUGCCCUCCUUCUACAGCCACGGCUUGCCCCGGUGCUCGCCCUACAAGAAGCUGACCGAGUGCCAGCUGAAGAACCCCGUCAGCGGGCUGCUGGAGUACGCGCAGUUCGCCAGCCAGACCUGCGAGUUCCACCUCAUCGAGCAGAGCGGGCCCCCCCACGAGCCCCGGUUUAAGUUCCAGGUUGUCAUCAGUGGCCGCGAGUUCCCCCCGGCGGAAGCUGGCAGCAAGAAGGUGGCCAAGCAGGAUGCAGCUCUGAAAGCCAUGACGAUCCUCCUGCGGGAGGCCAAAGCCAAGGACAGUGGGAAGCCAGAGGACUUGUCCUGCUGUUCCCCAGAAAAAGAGCCAGAGGAGACAGCGGAGCCCCAGCCCACCGCCACCUCAACGUCGUCCCUGUUUUCUGGGAAGAGCCCCGUCACUACCUUGCUGGAGUGUAUGCACAAACUGGGCAACUCCUGUGAAUUCCGGCUCCUGUCCAAAGAAGGCCCUGCCCAUGACCCCAAGUUCCAGUACUGUGUGGCGGUGGGAGCCCAAACCUUCCCUACCGUGAGUGCUCCCAGCAAGAAAGUGGCAAAGCAGAUGGCCGCAGAGGAGGCCAUGAAGGCCCUGCACGAGGAGGCCACCAACUCGGUUGAUGACCAGUCGGGAGGUGCCAACUCAGAAUCACUUGACAACCUGGACUCUGGGAUGCCCAACAGGAUCAGGAGGAUCGGUGAGCUCGUCAGAUACCUGAACACCAACCCCGUGGGCGGCUUGUUAGAGUACGCCCGCUCCCAUGGCUUUGCUGCUGAGUUCAAGUUGGUGGACCAGUCUGGACCCCCUCAUGAGCCCAAGUUCAUUUACCAAGCGAAAGUCGGGGGCCGCUGGUUUCCAGCCGUCUGCGCGCACAGCAAGAAGCAAGGCAAGCAGGAAGCAGCCGAUGCGGCCCUCCGCGUCCUGAUUGGGGAGAGCGAGAAGGCAGAGCGCAUGGGUUUCACAGAGGUAACCCCAGUGACAGGGGCCAGUCUCAGAAGAACUAUGCUCCUCCUCUCCAGGUCCCCAGAAGCGCAGCCAAAGACACUUCCUCUCACUGGCAGUACCUUCCACGACCAGAUAGCUAUGCUGAGCCACCGGUGCUUCAACACCCUCACAAACAGUUUCCAGCCCUCCCUGCUCGGCCGCAAGAUCCUAGCCGCCAUCAUUAUGAAGAAAGACCCUGAGGACAUGGGUGUCGUGGUCAGCUUGGGGACAGGGAAUCGCUGUGUCAAAGGAGACUCCCUCAGCCUCAAGGGAGAGACCGUCAACGACUGUCAUGCGGAGAUCAUCUCCCGGAGAGGCUUCAUCAGGUUCCUUUACAGUGAGUUAAUGAAAUACAACCCCCAGACUGCGAAGGACAGUAUAUUUGAGCUUGCCAGGGGAGGAGAGAAGCUCCAGAUAAAAAAGACUGUUUCGUUCCACCUGUACAUCAGCACUGCCCCGUGCGGAGACGGCGCCCUCUUCGACAAGUCCUGCAGUGACCGCGCCCUGGAAAGCACAGAUUCCCGCCACUACCCUGUCUUUGAGAAUCCCAAACAAGGCAAGCUGCGCACCAAGGUGGAGAAUGGGGAAGGCACCAUCCCUGUGGAGUCCAGUGACAUUGUGCCUACGUGGGAUGGCAUCCGGCUUGGGGAGAGACUCCGCACCAUGUCCUGUAGUGACAAAAUCCUACGCUGGAACGUGCUGGGCCUGCAAGGGGCACUGCUGACCCACUUCCUACACCCUGUGUAUCUCAAAUCUGUCACACUGGGGUACCUUUUCAGCCAAGGACAUCUGACCCGGGCUAUCUGCUGUCGUGUGACAAGAGACGGGAGUGCGUUUGAGGCUGGAUUACGAUACCCCUUUGUUGUCAACCACCCGAAGGUUGGCCGAGUCAGUGUGUAUGACUCCAAGAGGCAAUCCGGGAAGACUAAGGAGACGAGCGUCAACUGGUGUUUGGCUGACGGCUUCGACUUGGAGAUCCUGGAUGGUACCAGGGGCACCGUGGACGGGCCACGAAAUGAAUUGUCGCGGGUAUCGAAAAAGAACAUUUUUCUUCUGUUUAAGAAGCUCUGCUCCUUCCGGUACCGCAGGGACUUACUGAAACUCUCCUACGGUGAGGCCAAGAAAGCCGCCCGCGACUAUGAGAUAAACAAGAACUACUUCAAAAAGAGCCUCAAGGACAUGGGUUACGGAAACUGGAUAAGCAAACCCCAGGAGGAGAAGAACUUCUAUCUCUGCCCCGUACCCAACGACUGAGGCUGGGGGUUGGCGGGGAGGGGGGGUCCUGGCAUUCCUCAUCACAUUGGCCGAGGGGGGGGUUAACCCCCACCUUUUUUUUUUUUAAUGGAACCAUAAUUAGAGAUACUGAGAACUUUGGGUUCCCUUUAUCCUGCUUUCUUUGGGGUUUCUAGGCAGAAUCUGGCCAGGCCCCUUCUCUUACUUCAAGUGAGAGGCAGAGACCUACAGGCAGAGAAAGGGGUUGACCUACCCAGCCCCUGUGGCCCAUCUCCUCCUGAGCUUUGUUUUCCCGUUUCCUUUUUGUGGGUGUGUUUCUACACUGACCUCUCGCGGACUUGAUCAGGUUCCAGUCAGUUCUCUGUGAACCGUGUCAGGGACCAAGGAUCUCGUUUAUGGAUCCCACAGGCCCCUCUAUUUCCCACCCCCGGCUUCUGAGAUUCUUACCUGUGAUCACUGAGUCUCUCCUCCCACCCUGGAGGGUAAAGAGGUGGACUUCAGGAAUUAGGUGAAAUAUUUACAAGGGCAGGAACUGAAGACUACGGCAGAUUAACUACCAGUGCCAAUGGAAGUGGGACUGGAAUCUGCGAACCCUGCUCAGCAGUGGGAACCUGCACUGUAGCCAGGAAAAAGCCGCUGCUGGCGAAGCGCAUCCCUUCCCGGGGCAGCAGGAAGUUGAGAACCAGCAGACGGGCUAGGAAGUUACCCACGCCGUAGGCGGUCCCCCCUGCAGAGUGACACAGACCACUACCAGGGGCACAGACAGACGUUCCUUGGGCUACUGCCAAGCUCCCAUCUGCCCAUAAGCCCAUAGACCCCAGUAAACUAGUGUGAAAAACUUCAGGACAAUUCUUAGAGGGUAAAUCGUCUGCUCAGAUAGUUAGGACUUAGCAAGAAUAGGGCAGAAAUCAUGUUGGGACAAAUCGUUGUUCUGUGCAGUUCAAUAUUUCUCAGCACUGAUCCAAGGGAAGUUGACUAAACCCAGUAGAAUUAGGGCUCUUUUAAAGAAUGCCAGAGACGUUGGUUCUCAACCGCGGUCGCACAGAUUUAAAAUGCAGACGGCCUUUUCCAUCCAUCCCAGGGCCUCGUCGUGUCAGAUGGCUCUGGGACUGGCCGAGCCAGUGCCCGCAAAUGAUUUCCCACACUCCGCCUCCCACCCGCAAACUGCUUCCCCACCUGGUCUGGCCCACCUCUUCAGUAGUGGCUAUGUCUGUGUUUGCACUUUGAUCUCUCUGGCUACUUUCUGUACCUGUGACCAAAAACUGAAAUAAUAAUGCAGGUUUUUAAAAAGACACUAAGGAUGUCUUUGUGGGACACUGAAGCAUCCCAAGGGAACUGGUGGGGAAAUGGGGCCUGUCUCUGGGGGAGAAGGGGCCGGGGCUUUGUGAGUAUUGCCAAGCUUGGGGUAUUAGCUGAAGGCAUGUGACUUCAGUGCUGACCUGCGGAGUGACAGUGCUCACUGUGUGGGGGCAGGGUGAUCUUGUGGCUCCGGGACAGGUCCUCCCGGCUGGAGGAUGACUACCUACCAGUUCCUCAGGAUGUCUGGCAGCUUCCGUCUGCCUUGGGCAUUAGAAUCUCUGGCAGAGAUCUGACUCAGCGGUCCCCUACCCCAUCACUGGGAGCACAGGGGCUCUCAAGAGAUCAGAGCCCCACUCGCCCCCAGGAUCUUAUCUAGCAAACUUGUCAUACUCAGAUUCUGCUGUAAGAAGAAAGCGAGAAGCACCCCUGCCCUCCACACCCUGCUGGAAUUGAGCCGUGUCAGGCCCCGCCCCCCGCGUCCCAGGCCCCGCCCCUCAGUCACACAGGAGGGGGGGGCAGAGCAUCCCCCCUGUGUUCACUUCUGUCCAAUCUUUGUUUUAACAAGCAAGACCCCUCCCUCCUUUCUUUAAUGGUUUUUGUAGUUGAUUUGUCUGAACUGUGGCUAUUGUGCAUUAUCUUUGAAUAAUCACUUGUAAAAAUUGUUGAUGCUUGAAGCUAUUUCCUUUACUCAAGUUGAAAGGACUCUGUUGGCUUUGGGGUCUUGACAGUGACUCCAAGAGCAGAGUGGGGAAGAGCCCGGGCAUAGCCUUGGUGCCGGGGAGGCUGCAGUCCAGUUUCAUGACUCUGCUUUUUGUGUCUACCUUCAAGUGACUCACAGUAUACAUUCCUCUGAAAUAAAAACAGUGAACAGUCUGAAUCCUUA